UGGGGUUGCUCUUGAGCUGACGAUGCAACGUGAGACGUCCAUUGUGUGCUCACUGUCGCGCAGUAACACCCAUGGAAAUCUGCCCGGUAUUUAUAUCCUGCCCCUAAUGGCUACACCCGCCGCUGCAACCCUUCCGGGGCUCUCGUGCCACUUCGUUGGAAAUAGGGGAGGUUGACGUGAAGAAGAUACACGACAUUGAGCACGGCGAGCAGUGGAAGCCGCCCACCCACCUCGCUCCUGUCCAGAUUCUGGGCACAAUCACAGCAGAAGCCAAACGGGGCAGUGUCGGUGUUACCACUGGGGCAGCCAAUCCGCUAAUCGCGGCCACCCAUCCAGGACGUCAAUCUUGAGGGUCAUGGAGCUUCCAGGGGUCCAAAAUGGUGGGGUCCCAUGAGCCUGGAUUCCGAAUCCUCCCUCUCCGCUUCUCGAAGUUUGACGUUGAGCAACAAGGUGUUGACUCCUAAUCUAAGCGGUAUCGGGCGUUACUGGCUGCUUGGCAUAGCGAAGACGGUGCCGAACAGCAUGACGGGACCGCAAAAGGAGGGCUGAGGGCCAGAGAAGGAUCGUCGUGCAUGCCAUUUUUAGCCACCUUCCAGCCUUACUGGCCGCGGCUUUUCCUCACCCACUCUCUUCCUUACCCUCACCUUCAUCCUCCUGUGCCCUUCUCAGCGUGGUUUCACGUUGGUUUGUUUCCCUCCUCACCCAACCGCGAUGGUCUAAGCAGACAGGCACAGUUCUUCCACAAUAUCCUGCCAACUUAUCACCCAUCUAUCACCUACAUACCAGAUACCUGGUACCUACCUGGCUAUGCGCUCCCGAAAGAUAUCAUUGCGACCGGCCAUGGCUGCCGCUAUGGUGGGGGUCAUGGUAGCCCCCAGCCUCGCUGCAGCCGCGGCCAUGCCACCACAACACGAGGACGACGUGCCGGGGCUGGCACUCAGGGUGUUCCCAGAGGCAUGGCUCCCGCUCGAAACCGGCCGCUCCAUUCCGGACCCGGCCAGGGGAUUCACCCCAAAGCCGACGCCACCACCAUCACACCCUGAGUUUGGCUUCAUGGAGCUGGCAAAGCGUCAGACCAAGCCGGUUACAGGCUUUACCAUGUCGCCAAACACCUGCGGCUAUAUAUCUUCUUCUCGUGCUGCUGGGGCACUCACCUGCAUUAAUUCGGACGCUACGUGCUCUAGCAGCGGGAGAUAUAUGGGAUGCUGUACUUCUAGUUCAUGCACUUCCGUCCUGACGUCUUGUGUCCCAUCCUCUCUAGCGAGCAGCUGUAGUCGUACUGCGACUUCUGGGGUUCUCUGCUGUUCGGUCUCCUCUCGCGGGUUUUGUUCCGUUUACUUGUUCUCGCGAUCGACGGCGACCCGCAGCACCCUAACACUUUUCGUAUGCGCUACUGCUGCCGGGACUGGCACCCUGCUGGACUUCCCGGUGGACUACACUCAGACUUCGACCUCGAGAAGCACGACGUCGUCAACAAGGACAGCCUCGCCGUCCCGCUCGUCAUCGACAACACGCUCGCGCACCGACCGCGACUCGGACGCCGCAACCGGCACCCCUCCGCCAGGCGGGCAAAGCGAGCAGCAGCAGGAAACCCAGACGGCGACCGGAGCCAUCGUCGGCGGCGUGAUCGGCGGCGUGGCCGUGCUGGCCCUCGCGGGCUUGGCCAUCUUCUUCCUGGUCCGCAGGGCCAGGAGAAAGGGCGCGUCGGCGCAGCACUCGUCCCUGCCGCCCAACGCGCCGCCGCCGUCGCAGCCGUUCAUGGCGCCCCAGACCUUCCCGCCCACCAGCCCCUACCAGGCCCCCUCUGCCUCCUCACACCUGUCGCCAUACCCGUCGCCGGUCCCCUUUGGCGGCGGCGGCGGCGGCGGCGGUGGUGGCGGUGGUGUCGCUCCGCAAGGGUAUCCCACGUCUACGGGCUACAUGGUACCGCCGCAGCAGCACCAACAGGCCGGCGGCGUCAGCCCCUACAGCAGCGUCGCCGGGGACAGCAUGUACGCGUACCCAUCCAUGACCCAGUACGGCGCCUCGCCGAUGGCGCCUCACUCGUCGCCCCAGAUGCCCUACGGCGGCCAGGGGGCGGCGGCGACGGCGACGGCAACAACGUACUCGGCCUACGACUCGGCCUACGAUCCAGCCUACGGUCAGCAGCCGCAGCCGCAGCCGCAGGUGCAGCGGCCGCCUGUAGAGUACAAGGCGUACAAUCCGAACAUGGCCCCGCAGGCCGUGCCUCCACCAGCGAGGAAUCAGGGCCCCCAGGAGAUGCCCUGAAGAGACCCGAAGUAUCGGGCCAUCAGGUCCGAGUCGGUGGACGUGGUGCUGGUUUCCAGAAACAGGACGGGCUCCGAGACGGACAUGCACCACCGGACUUCAUAUUAUGGCCCAAAGGGGAAGAAUCGAUAGCUCAAAAGCCGUCAUGCCGUUUACUUCUCUAGAUAGGUAAUUUCAUGGAAUGAUACCCGGGUUACAGGUAGGGAAGAAAUAUUUGUUUAGACCACUGCAUUGGCGACGGCCAGACGCUGGCCCUCGGCUGUGCUGAUGCUUCCGACUUGUCUACGCUCUAUAUCAUAUUUUUUGGUGGUACAAAUGUACAAGCCGACGCUUUAUGUUUCAACCUUUCAGCCUUGAAGUUCUAACCCGCUAGCUUUCUCCCCUUUUAUUUUCUCACGUCAACUCACAAAUUAUGGGCGGUGUGUCAGCCCACAUGCCUCAAAACACAGACUACAGAAAUCACUAAUCGCUCAAGAAGG